AUGGCAGCACCGUCGCAUCGAACAACCGCAGAAAGCUCGGCAGUUAGGCCUAUUAAGUGUGUGUGUGUGUGCAUGUACUGUUCUGCUUGUUUAUGUGCGACGAGAAACGCCAGCCAGAUGCCCGAUAACACCUGAGCCGUGUGUGAUUGCGUCGGAUGUGACUCGUGCGACGGCGUGCUGUCGUGCAGCGCGGACGCACAAUGCGGAUCCUGAAGUGAUUCAUCCCCGGCGAGCGAUAUCUCCCGGCCGCGGCUGGAAUUGACAGAAAAAUCAAGAUGGCCUCCGAGACUCCUCUGCCUCCGGCUGCUGCGCCGGACACCGAUUCGGUGGUUGUGUAUAGCACGAACGCGCUGGAAGAACGGGAGAUCACCGUCACAGAGCGGGCACCCAAGCCCAAGCCACCUCCAAUUGAUGUUACCGCAGCACAGCAAUACCAGCAGCCGGACAACAAGACGCCCACGACUGUGCAGCCCCAAACGCCUGGCAGUUCAGCCUACAAAAGCAAGCUGGACAAGGAGAAGAAAAUUGGCCAUCGGCGGGUCGACGAGGAGGGCCAGAUCACUUACAAAAAGAUUCAAACAUCGCAAAUUAUAGGUUCAAUUCAACUAGGCAUAGGCUAUGCCGUUGGCAGUUUGGCAUCGAAACCAGAGCGCGAUUUAUUGAUGCAGGACUUUGCCAUGGUAGAGUCAAUCUUCUUUCCUGGGGAGGGCAGCAAUCUCACGCCAGCACAUCACUAUAGCGACUUCAAAUUCAAGGCGUACGCUCCAGUCGCCUUUCGAUACUUUAGAGACCUGUUUAGCAUUAAAACUGAAGAUUUUUUGAUGUCUUUGUGCCACGAACCCAUGAGGGAGCUAACAAACCCUGGUGCCAGCGGGAGUGUAUUUUACCUCACCAAUGACGAUGAGUUCAUCGUGAAAACAGUCCAGCACAAGGAAGCCGAGUUUUUGCAGAACCUGCUUCCAGGUUACUACAUGAACUUGAACCAGAACCCACGAACACUGCUUCCCAAGUUCUAUGGCCUCUACUGCUACCAGUGCGGGGGCAAGAACGUGCGUGUUGUGCUGAUGAACAACUUGCUACCCUCGGUGGUGCCCAUGCACCAGAAGUACGACCUCAAGGGCUCCACCUACAAGCGCAAAGCGAACAAGCACGAGCGCAGCAAGCGCUCUCCGACCUUCAAGGACCUCGACUUUCUCGAGCACCAUCCCGACGGCAUCCUGCUAGAGGCUGACACAUAUAACGCUCUUAUCAAGACUAUCCAGAGGGACUGUCGGGUUUUGGAGAGCUUCAAAAUAAUGGACUACAGCCUCCUCGUAGGCAUUCACAACAUCGACCAGGCGGCAAGGGAACGAACAGAGCAGCAGUCUCAGGGUGCAAAGGAUGAAGUGAAACUCAAUUCAGCUGGCUCAGAAGAAGACUCCAGCUUUAAACCAACAGGAUCUGGGCUGACGCGGAGUAAGUCCGUAAACCGGCAACGGCUGGCGAACUUCUCCACCGCCAUGGAAUCAAUCCAAGCUGAUGUAGAGCCCAUUGAUCAUGACGAGGAUGUUCCAACCGGUGGCAUCCCAGCGAGGAACUCCAAAGGAGAGCGACUUCUCUUGUUCAUUGGAGUCAUCGACAUUUUGCAAAGCUACCGGCUCAAGAAAAAGCUUGAGCACACCUGGAAGUCCAUGUUUCAUGACGGGGACUCUGUUUCAGUGCACAGGCCCAGCUUCUAUGCGCAACGGUUUCAGGACUUCAUGGCCAAAAGGGUCUUCAAGAAGAUUCCCUCUCUGGAUCUCCCUGAAAUCAAGGGCCCUCAUCGCAAAUUUAGAGCCCUGGUGUCUAGUGUCUUAGCACUGAAGCACUCUCCUUCAAAGAGGAAAGGAGCUCCUGGGAGAACACGUCAGGUUUCAGCCAACGAACAGGAUGUCAUCAAGGAAGAAACGGAAGCAGACACAUCACCAAGCAGAGAUCAAGCUCGCAAGAGAAGCAGCCCGACCAUGCUUGAUGAAUGGAGGCAGCAGCAGCAGCCGUAGCAGUGCGGGCCCCAACAAGCCACAGCGGGCAGCGCCAAGCCACCACAAGGACCAUUGCUGUUGCCGUUGCUGCCGCCGUCCCUACUGCCGUGUCUGCAGUUUGAACAAGAGCUCGGGCCCCCACUUGUUGCUCGCAGGGGGAAAACUGCACCUCAUGAUACUCCUCCUAUGGACUCAAUUUUUAACUUUUCUUCUUACCUCCUGUGGCGACAUGCAUGUGUGUGCCUGUUGUUGCCUGUUGUUGGCACAGUUAGCAGCAAAUGCUGUUAAUAGAUGGAUCAACUUGCUAAUGGAAUGGAAAUGUCGUGGCAUAUUUUUAUGCAAACAUUGCGGUGUGUAAGCCACUCUCCUUGUGCAGUAGCCAAGCAUAGCUUUUAUUUGUAUAUUGUAUAGCAGUGUAUGUUGCCUGAUUUAAGACUCUGACUUUAGCGCUAUAUCUAUCUGCCAAGAGGCAGACCAACAAAAACUUCAUGUUGAUGUUCAUAUAAUUUUCACAGUAUCGGCAGUAUUUCUUUGUAACACUAUGUGGUCAUUACCGUAUAUUGUGAGUAUUUGUGUGCGUAUCUGUUUUUUAGCUCUGACAAUAAGCUCUUGUCUAUUUAUAUCUUUCUUUUAGAUGUUCAUAUCUGUUCAUAUCCUAUGUGUAAAAAUGCAGUAACGCCAGCACUUAUUGGGUAGGUACAACUAAUUGUGCACUGUUGAACAGUGGGUUGCAAGCUCAAAGGGAUACAUUUAGCAGAUAGCAUUGACACCCCCGUGUAAAAGUUAUCAGACCAGGUGGCAGAAAAGUCCUUACUUGAAAUUCGUCUUGUAUCUAAUACAUAGUGACAGCUACCUUCAGUGUUAAUACUUAUGACUACUUUUGUUGUCUUUACUGAGGCUGCAGUCUUAGAAUUGUAAUUUAGAAUGGUUGUAAGGAGUUUACUAUAUUAUUUGCAAGGCCACUUUGUCUUAACCCUUUCGCUGUCGGACCUUUCUGGCCGUGACGUACCCCCAGUGUCGGGUUGGUUUUAGGGAACGAGCAUAACAGGGAAUGAACAUAGCAAUUUAUUUUUGAUUAUAAUUGGUAUACAAAUAACAUAGUCAAUGCAAUAUGCACAUUUCAGUGUUCUGCAGCUGUUGUUAGUAAACAUCAUCAUCAUCAUCAUCAGCCUGACUAUAAAAUCCGUUCAACAUCCGCAUCUGAUGAUGCAGAACCCUCUUCCUGGCACGCGACUCUGUCCGAGUUCGAAUCCGAGCUCGGCUCGUAUUCUGAAUCGGAAUUGAGCCACCGCUCCAAUGAGCAGACGAAGGUCCCGCGCGCUCAGCCAUCCGAAAGUAACAGCGCGCAGGGAGGAGGAUGCCCUUUCAGUCGCCCGCACAAGAGAAAUGGGACGUUGCGUGAACAAGACAGAGGGAGAUGGAAAAGGGCUAAACAAAGUUCGAAGGGCUUUAUGUUUACUGCUGCAAGUCGGAAGCGAGGGUGCGGCGAGAGAGCGAAAGCAGCAAUCGAGUCACUCUUUUCGGAGAGGCAACGGCACGUGCGCCUGAACUUGACGCGCCGUAGCAGACACACCAACAGAAUAAAAAUAAAAACCUUCAAACCAGCGGAGAAGGCAGAACAACCCUUGAACCCAUAACCACACGCGCGCUACGCAUGAUCCAGCGAACGCGGAGCCACCGCGCCACUCAGCAAAGAGAAAGUGGGGAGUGGCAGUCGCACUGUACUCUUCAAUACAUGGACUUGGACAGGUCGGGGCGAAUAUACGAACUUGUAGAAGGAGUCAACAGAUAGCGUGGCCAAUCCAGGAGCGCCAGCUUUGCGCUCAGGCGCGAAAUUUUGAACGCGCGAUAGAGAACGUACCGGUACGUCAGUGACAUGUAGGGGGGGAAGCGCGAUGACGUACCCGUACGUCGGUGACAGCGAAAGGGUUAAAACACUAUGCCAUUUAAAUGUUCAAUCCCUGUGCGUGUUGUUUACGCAUCCUCAUCGUCUGUGCUUGGCGGCUGUAUGUUGGCACGCAUAUGUAGCAAUUGUCUUUCUAGUGUUGUGAAAUUUUUGUGCAUUUGUAAAUGCCUAUGAAGCAUUGUAGCAUUUUCCUUUUGUAACUUGUUGCUACUUAAGGCUGUUAAAUAUUCUAGCUAUAAUGAAGGCAUGUUAUUAUUAGUAGUGGGCACUGCAUCAACAAAAGAAUGUUUUCAGUAGGUGCCAACUGAAAGUACAGCGGUGUGCCUAAUUUUGUCUUCGGGACAUACGGUAAAACCUCCAUAGUUCGAUAUUGAGUUAUUCAAUAGUACGGAUAGCUCGUAUAAUUUAUGCAAUCUCGUCAUUCCUCAUGCAUACUUAACUUGAUUUAAUUUGACACCUGAUCAAUACUGAUGUCUGUCUGCGCCAGGUUUCAGUUCAAGCGUCAGAGCAGCAUACCCUGGCUGUAUCUUUUAAUAUCAUGGUAAUAGUGAGGGUGGCUCCACUAAUAGGGCACCGCUAGGGCUAGAUGAGCAGAGAAAAAAUCCUGACUUACAUGCAUGUUUUUAAAUCCUAACAGCUAAGAAUGGGAAAAUCUGUAGGGGCUGUCAGUUUUCAACAAGAGCUGAUCUGAGCUGACGGGGAAAAAUUUAGGCUGCCGCUUCAAAGUGUAAUGUUCAAGGAGUGUCUCAGUGUUUCUCAAUGAAAGCUUCCGGUGCUGUGAAAGGAGAUACUUAAGUCAUACAGUGGGCCACACUGAAACAGUGGCCAGAAUAAUGACCAUUGUAUGACCAAUAUCGGUAAGAAUAAUGUAAAUACCAAAGUGCGCUCCUCGUGCUGUGCACAGCACGCAACGUUCAGCUUGGCCAAGUGCACUGGUGGCCUUUCCAAGAAAGGAUGUGUGCUGUCCACAUCAGGAACAUAAUUCUGGGUGCUGUAGGCUACCAAACCAAGCAUCCUCACAAUACCAACUGCUUAACAUAACCAUUUAGCAGAUAUACGAAGUUUCGAGCCUUUUUUCUCCAAAGCUUUCUUUUUUGUACAAUUCAGAUAUCUGCUUAAUUUAUCUUUUUUCCUCUUCCUACAUGCAUCGAACUAACGAGGUUUUACUGCAUUGUCAAUUACGUGCCACACUGUUUACAUGGGUAUGCCAUCUAUUUACAUGCGGCAAAUGUGAUUCUCAUUUGUAGGUGGCCACUUGUGAUGAGAUGUACAAAGUAAUAUGUCAGCUUCUAGACAGAGCUUGUCUAACAGUGUGCCGUCAGUUGCCUCCAGAGCAGCCUGUAAUACACGCUGUCUUGUUUGGCACAAGUUGCCGUAAGACAAGAAGAAAGGACAGGGCCAUUUGCACUGCAUUAUGUUGUCAGCAGAUCCAUAUCAUUUACAGUGUAGAUCAUGGUCAGUUUCAAUUGUGAACGAUGCCAAGUAAUGUGUUGAUCUGUGGCACUGGCAAUCACCUGAGCUUCUGAAGAGCAAUCAUUCUUAUUCGCUUGCGUCAUUGCCUGUCAUAUCAUAAUUUCAAUGUGCAUUUAUGAAGUUUGACAUAUGUGUAAAAAUAUUUGAGCAGUCUGAAUUUUCGGUUAUUGAAACCUCGUGCUUUUCUUUUGUGUAUAGUUCACCUGUCGUUUCACGCUGCAGCGUCCUGUGAUUGUUGAUGGCACGAAGACUUGUUAGCACUAAGCAUUUGAGCCAUGUAGGUUUCUUGCCCUCAUGCAGAAGUGUCCUUACAUGUAUAGGUACAAUUGCAAGAGUCACAACGCAUUUAUUUCAGACAUGUCAUGAUCGUUAUGCCUCAUAUCUCAAACAGUGUGGUCUAGCAAGUUUUAUCUGAACCUAACUAUCAAAUGUCCAUUUUGAAGUAAGUAUUUACUCACAGUAUGAGUAAUUCUUUUUUUUACCACGUUAUGAAUGAAAUUGAAGUAGGAGAUUAUGACUUUUGUUGUUUGAAUGUUAUGUUUAUCUGGACAGUUCUCAAUGUAACCUCUGUUUUAUUUGUAAGAUUACCUUGCAAGUCUUAAAUAAAGCUGUUUUCUACACUGCAAAAAAUA